UUCUGAGACACGGUUUGAGACGCACCCAGCUGCUGUAAUACAGGAGCUAAGCUAGCAAAAGCAACUUGUCUUGUAUGAAUGAAUUUACCUGUUUAUCUGUCAGUUUAUUUUACAGAGCUAAAGAAUUAAGCUCUGUUUUGUGAGAAAACACUGGUGCAGGAUUAAAUCCUGAAACUGUUGUGUAAUGGACUGAAAGAGUGCUUCCUGUCAGCUGAAAGUCAUGUUUCCCAAACGGAUACCGUUCAAUCAGAUCGCCUUCGCGACUCUGGUCGGAGUCGGAGGAGGAAUUUAUAUCUACAGACCCAUGUUCGAGCCUCCCAGGAGAAAUAAAAGUGCAGAAAAUAAAGCUGAGACUGUAAAUAAAGGACAAAAUAACAUGGAGAAGUGACUGGAGGAGGAGGAAAGGUCGAAGAAGGAACCACCAUCACCAUCAUCAUCAUUUUGUUUAUACUGUAAAUAAUUGAUAAAUUAGGCAGGAUAACAAGAUGGACAGUUUAUUUACAAAUUACUCUGAUAAUAACUGAGUCAAUCCACUCACAAGAAUGAAUAAUAAUAAAGUUUUAUUGUUCAAAAAAAAAAA